UUCUCUUGUGUGAAGAUGGCGGUCCCAGCUCAGAGCAGCCGGACCGGAUCCGUCAGCAGCAGUCUCGGGAACAGUCCGACCGCAACACCGGGCGGCUUGAACAACAAUCACAAGCUGUGGUGCUGUCACGAGCUGGAUUUCAGGUCCGGAGUGAAGAUCGGAGAGCUCAACCGACUCAUCCAUGAAUUCAGUAAAGAAGACCAGCGCGAGUAUGAUGACCAGAGGGCACUGGAAAUACACACCGCCAAGGAUUUCAUCUUCUCCAUGCUCGGCAUGGUGCAAAAGUUGGACCAAAAGUUGCCUGUUGCAAAUGAGUACCUAUUGUUGUCCGGUGGUGUGCGAGAAGGUGUGGUUGACAUGGAUCUUGAUGAGCUUGGUCUCUACAACCGUGGCUCUGACUAUGACAUGGCCUUCACCCUGUUGGUUCCUGCCCUAAAGCUACACGACCGGAACCAGCCCGUCACAUUGGACAUGCGGAACUCAGCACUGGGUCACACAUGGCUCAGCUUGCGACUUUUUAAUGAAGGUACCAUCAACCGCUGGCGGGAUUGCUGCACGAUCACUGACCAUCUGAAUGGCACCACCAACUACUUCUUCUCACCCACACUGGUAGCUGACUGGUUCCAAGAAGCAGUUGGAUUGGUCCUGGCAGAGUUGCAGCGCAAGCCCCAAAGGGGCACCCCGAGGUUGGAACGGGUUGAGCAUCACAGCACUCUGCUGUCUAUGGUUUUAGGUGUGGGCAGCAGUCGUAUGCUUUAUGACAUUGUUCCUGUGGUGUCUUUUAAAGGCUGGCCAGCAGUUGCCCAGAGCUGGUUGAUGGAGAACCACUUCUGGGAUGGGAAGAUCACAGAGGAGGAGGUGAUCAGUGGCUUUUAUCUGCUGCCUGCCUGCUCAGCCUCCGGUUGCAGAGAAAACGAGUGGCGUCUCUCCUUUGCCCGCAGUGAAGUGCAGUUAAAAAAAUGUAUCUCACCAGGACUCAUGCAAGCUUACCAGGCAUGCAAGGCAAUUGUUGUCAAGCUUCUGGCCCAACCUACAGCUGUCACUCCCUAUUACUUACGGAGCAUCAUGUUGUGGGCCUGCGACCGACUACCUUCCAGUUAUUUGUCACAGGAAGACUAUGCUGCACACUUCAUGCUGGGUCUCAUUGACGAUUUGCAGCACUGCCUGGUAAACAAGACCUGCCCAAACUAUUUCAUUCCACAAUGUAACAUGCUGGAGCAGCUAUGCGAUGAGACAGCCAUGUUUCAAGCUCGUAAGCUUGCGCUUGUACGCUCGGAUCCAGCUGAGCACCUGCGCUCCAUCAUUGAGCAGGCCAAGGCUGCCAAUAGACUUACACAGGAGAUGCAACGUUGUGUGAGUUCCUCCGGUCUGCCGUCUCCACUGGCCGAUCCGUCCUCUGCAGAUCACCAACAACCCGAUGACCGGUUGGCUAAGAAGUUGCAGCAGUUGGUGACAGAGAAUCCAGGCAAGUCCAUCUCUGUGUUCAUCAACCCUGACGAUGUUACACGCCCUCACUUCCGUAUCGAUGACAAGUUUUUCUGAAAAGCAAGGUCUUUUUUCAUUUCUCCUCUGCUGUCCUUUAAUGUAUUGAUAAUGAUUGAACCUGAGGAUGUGCUAGAUGACACUGUCCCUGAAACUGGAGCUGUGUCCAUGUGCUUGCACACAUCAGUAGUGAUUGGAGAGGAUCCCAUGGAAGAAAUCAACUGCAGGAGAAACAAAGAUCUAUAAGACUGGCCUUAUCCGGAUGGAGAAUGUCAACCAGCUGUUUGUAUAGCAGUGCAUGCACCUGCAGAGGUUCUAAGUAGGGAUAUGCACGGUUAUUGUUUUUAACAUUUGGUUAACUACAAGGUUUCCCGAACGGUUAAUCUGCUUUUCAUGGGGACGCAGGAGAACAUUCGUUUCAAUGGAAUUUCCUAAAACCUCUAUUUCGUCUAUUUCAUCAAAGUAGCAGCAAAUAAACUGCACAGUGAUCUAUGAGCCUAAAUAGCACAAUACAUAGAUAUUCAAAUGAUAAAAUCUCACAUAAAAGUCGAAUGAAAAAAAUAAUGUAUAUGCGCUCUGGCCGGGCAGGUUCACAUUUCCAUGAGGCAGUGAAGCCUCUUCGGGGUGAUUUGAUUUUGAAAUGGUUUCAAAUAAAAUGGCAUUGGACUUAUUUAAUUAUUGUACGUAUAUGCACACCAGAGUGAAAAAAAUCGGUUAUCAAGCGCUGAAACUUUGCUUGGUUGAAUCCCAUCUGGGAUCAUGUUUAAUGGUGUAACAGUCACAAUAAAUCUGAAGUAUGUAAUUUCUGUGAUAUUAUUGCCACCGAACGGAUCAAGGUAUUUAAAACAGCUUUCCGAAUAUGCCCCUCGUCUGCUGUUUUUAGAAACGUCAGAUACCGUAAACAGGUAACUCUAAACAAAUGCAUGAAUUUUAUAGUGCCACAGAGACAAAGCAUUUAAAGUUUUUGAGAAAAUGAACCGCUGACUGACUUACAUGUAUUUGUCUGUCCUUAUUAGGCUGGGAUAGAAGAAAGUAUUUUAACACUGAAAAAGUUACAUACUACAGCUUUAAGUCUUCUUCGCAACCUGAACUCCUUCAGAACACAGUACAACGAAUGAAACACAAUGCAGGUGUUUUUAGAUGUGUUUAUUACAAAUAAAUUUUGUUUUUUUAGUACUUUAAUUGGUGUCUAAAAAGGCAGCAAUCCUGCGCUGAAAGAAAAAACUGUGAGAUUCAGCACAACAGUCAAAGAAGCCAUCCAGCACAUGUUAACAUUAUAUGGAAAAACAGCGCAGACACACACAAAAGCAUGUUUGAACAGCCCCUAACUCUAUAUUUGAAAAGGUGGUCAGGUUGAAGACUUGCAAGUGUAGAAUAACCUCUAUUGCACGUUUAGAAUAAUGUCUCCUACAUACAACACAACUUUCAAAGAUGUAAGAACGUGGUACAGUUCAUAUUACCCAACUGUCUGUCUUGUCAUGGAAGUCAUAGAGUUUUCAAAUUACAAGGCGAAUUGGUGACAGGGGUGAACACAUUACAAGACAUUUCACUAUUGACAAAUCCCUGUUGACUCCAAACUACGUUUCACAAGAGAGAACACGCGAGAAGUGAUACGAGGUAAGAAAACAAAUGCAUGAUCAUAUGUUAUGAAUUUCAGAAUAUGAUGUGUAUGUUUUUAAUCGCCUCAAGGCAUCAUAUAUUUUAUUGGUUACAAUAUGAAAAAGUACCUACUAUUGAAAAAUCUACCCAUUUGCUUACCUUACUGUCCAAGAGAAUUAGCCAUUUCUCUCCAACUCUUCUCUUUCUCCACCCGGUUGUGGUACAGUUCAGAGGAAACAUGAAAUAUGCACUGGUGCUCCUGCCAAUGUUCCACUAAUAUUUCCUCCAUUUCUUCAGUCCAAUGAGACUUUCUUGAUACCGCAGCCAUGCUUGUUGAUGUUCUAUUGCAGGUACAUCAGGACUUCUCCACUGAAACUUCCCGUGCCCCGUUUCUUGCUCUCUCAUUGGCUGUAGGUCAACGCUGCACUUGUAUUCAGUCUAAACAUAUUUCACAUUGCACGAUUUGGAGCGAGCUCCGAUUUGCCUAUGAUUUCGGACUUUUGUCGGCGAUCUCCACAAAACUGCCGGCGAGCCAAAAUUGGGCUUAAAAUAGUGUAGUGUAAACUCGGCAUAACCGAAUAGUGAUUUUGGUAUUCGAAUAGUGAAUAGUAAUAGAAUGGUUAAGUGAAUGUUGUCUAUCCGAGCACAUCACUAGAUCUAAGCAUUGUGGAUUUGGUUUCAUGGUGAGUGAGAACAGAGAAAGUAUUUGAUGCCGAUCUUAUUCUCGUGUUUAUCCACAAAGAAACUAUAAAUUGUUUUCUGUAUAUUACCUCUUUUUGUUUGUGUUAUAUACAAAUAAUGCUGUGAUAGAACAUGGACAGUAAUGAACUUGCAUUAUUAUUUAUUAAGAGUAAACAAUGGCAGGAUAUGCCAGAGGAAGCCAAACCAUAUGCAAAGGGGUUCAAGGAUGGGCAAGAAGGAGGCAGGAACUGGCAGAACAGUCAACAUAAGUUUAAUAUCGUAAGUCAACUUAAACAAACAUAAACUUAGGGGGAGGCUGGGUAGCUCAGCAUGUAAAGACACUGACUACCACACCUGGAGUCACAAGUUUGAAUCCAGGGUAUUGAGUGACUCCAGUCAGGCUUCCUAAGCAACCAAUUGGCAUGGUUGCUAGGGUGGGUAGAGUCUGAUUGGGUUAACCUCCUCGUGAUCACUAUUAUGUGGUUCUCGCUUUCGGUAGGGUGCGUGGAGGCCGCGAUGAAUAGUGUGAAACCUCCACGCGCCCUAGGUCUCCGUGGUAACGUGCUCAACAAGCCACGUGAUAGCAUGAGGUAUUGACAGCCUCAGACAUGGAGGGAACUGAGAUUCGUCCUCCGCCACAUGGAUUGAGGCAAGCCACUACGCCACCAUGAGGACUUAGAGCGAAUUGGGAAUUGGGUAUUCCAAAUUGGGGAAAAAGGGGGAGAAAGAGGAGAAAAACAAACAUAAACACACAGACACACACAGCGUUCACAUGUGUCUCUCUCGCUCACUCUCGAACUGGCUCCUCUGGCUCGUCUUUAUCCCUGACCCGGCUGAUUAGGACAAUUCAGCACCGGGCAUGCAUCCUCACGGCCCAUCCACAUCACACCAUAUUUCUCUCAAGGAUAUUCAAAUCAAAUUCCUUAAGUGCAAUUAAUAGAAUGUAAAUUUAUGCCCAUUUAGAAUGAGAUUUAAUUGACAAAAAUGUUCAACCACAAGAAUGCAAAAUAAGAUUUUUGUUAUGUGUGGGGGUAUCUGAAUUAUAGCCCUGAAACUGUUGCUGCUUAUAGAAAUUAUAUGAAUAUUCUUUUGAUAUUUAGAUUUUUGAGAAGGGAUAUGUUCACAGUGACCACUAGCAGCUGUCCUGACAUACAGUAUCUAAUACUACAAUCCACCUAUUCAUAAUAUUAAUGGUGGCUCUAACAUAAAAUUACAGUGUAGGACAUUAGUCAUGUAGGUUGUACUGUAUCUCAAAUAACAAUUCAAGCUUGCCUGUGUUGUU